CGUUAUUGAAUAGGUGAAAUUUCUCGGAAUACUCAUGAAAGCGAGGCAUGAGGGAAAUUCCCUUAAAAAUGGAAGUGUGGCGAUAAAUGUGUGUGUUUACAACGGGUUGUUCUGCUGCAGAGAACGUGAAAUAGUUGGUACUUUGUCUGCAUUACGGUAUGGAAGAACCCAAGAAAAAAUAUAUUCUUCUUGUUGAUCGCGUGGGUAACACAUACGAGAGAAGUAUCUUGGCGCUUGGUCUUUCCACGAAGGCUACACCAACGCAAGUCCUACGAGGAGAGUUGUUGGAAGCUAUUCCUGAAGCUGAGCAACCUUUAGAUGUAAAUAGAAUAGCCCUUGUUGGAAUCGAUCGGAAAUCAUUGCGUCUUGAAUGUCGUACGGCAGAUUUAACUCGGCUUUCGAACGAAGAAGCGAACUUGCUUUUGGCGAUAUCUUCCGCUGAAUCGAGAUAUCAAACGUUUAUCGACCGAAAACGUCUGGAUUUUGGGCGACGACUUUCACCAGGAAAUCAGGUGUUUGUUUCUGUGAAAGGAAUUGCAAAGGAUUUACCCGGUGUCGUAUGGUACAAGGGUGAAUUACCGUCUUGUCCUGGUACUAUGUUUGGAGUUGAACUGAUCAAGCAUCCAGGGCAAGGAACAUCUGAUGGAACAUUCCGGAACAAGCGUUACUUUACCUGCCCACCAGAUUCUGGUGUCUUUGUUGGACUUGAUAAAUUAACACUUAGAGAGGAUCCUGACUCUGAAUCUCCAAAAAAAGAUGAAAAUGCUCAAGCUAACUUCAGAUCACGACUAAUAGAUACAGUUAUGCCAUCUUUUCUUAAAGGAAAAAAUGAACGAAAGUUGCCUCAGGGAAGAAUUAACCAGGUACUUGAAAUUGAUCAAAGAGUUGUGACAUUCAUUGAGGAUCACCCAGCCAGAGGAACUGUACGUUAUAUUGGCCAAGAGGAAGGUUCAAGUGGAAAUGUGCAUACAGUUGUAGGACUGGAAAUGGUAGGUAAUCCAAACAGAAGUUCAGAAUUUUACCAAAUUGUAUUUUUGCUUUUUUACAUGUUGCAUCCUGCAUUAAACUUUUCUAAAACAACUUACACAGGGUUCGUACAGGUCAUGGAAAACUUGGAAAGUCAUGGAAUUUAAGUGAAGGUCAUGGAGGUUCAUGGAAAAGCAAUAUGCUUUUGAAAAAUAUAAAGGCAAAAAGAUAAAAAAUUUGAAAAAAUUACUGACAAGUCAGAAACAGACUUUAAUUUCAGUGGAAAUAGACACAAGGAUGCAUUUUUUGCAUUAUAAUGCUGGAAAAUAUGUGAAAUAAAUGAUUGUUUUGAUACUACUGUGAAAACAGCCGCUUAACUGUGGUCAUGGAAAACUCGGAAAGGUCAUGGAAAAGGUCAUAGAAAGUCAUGGAAUUUUAAAAGCUUCAAAGCAUACGAACCUUGUUACAGUUCUUCAGGAUUUUCAUUAAUUUUUCAAGUAGAAGGGCAUCUGGUAUAAAGUAGGUAGGUACUCGAGUUAGUUGAGGGUGAAAGGCCCAAGCACCUAGCUAUAGGAGGGUCCAGGGGCAUGCCUCCCAGAAGAUUUUGAAAAAUUGAACUCCCAGGAAUGCAUUUUCCUUGAUUCUGGGAGGGAAAUUAGUGUUUUGUCAUUAGUCCUCAUUUACACAAUUCUACCAGAAUUAAACAGUGUUAGACAUUACGGGAUCACUCGCUAAAAGUAAUGCGUCAUGCAUUCCGUUUUGGUUUUACUCUCGGGCGCUUUUAGUUUUAGCAAAGCCCGUAAGUCCUGAAUUUAUGUUUUCCUAUUCAGCAGACAGAGAAAUGAUUUUUAAGCCUGUGGUGCAAAACAUUUAGCUUUUUAUAGGCUAUUUGAAUAAAGCAAUUGCAUUAUGCGUAAAUUUUACUUUCAGGUUCAA